AUGCAUCUAUAGGGUCAAACUGUCUGGUCCAGCCUCAUGUCAGCCUCUGGUUCUGAUGCGUCCUCUCUCCUGCAGACUGCAGCUCUAAUGGUUGCCACCGUGUCAGAGCGGAUCCAGAAGGAUCGGGAACGGGCUGAGGGCUCGGUCCAUCAGGCCUCCAGCUACCUGAACCAGAACUACCCGGUUCUGAAGGCAGAGUGUCUGCAGAAACGCCGGCUGUUUGAAGAUCCACUUUUUCCUGCAGAACCAGCUUCUCUGGGCUUUAAAGAACUCGGACCUUUGUCUGUGAAAGCAAGAGGAGUAGAAUGGAAGAGACCCACGGAGCUCACAGACGACCCUCAUUUCAUUGUGGGCGGAGCCACCAGGACAGACAUCUGCCAAGGAGCUCUGGGUGACUGCUGGCUGCUCGCCGCCAUUGGCUCCCUGACUCUGAACGACCGUCUGCUGCGCCGGGUGGUUCCUCACGGACAGAGCUUCAGCCAUCAAUACGCCGGCAUCUUCCACUUCCAGUUCUGGAGGUUUGGGGAAUGGGUGGACGUGGUCGUGGACGACCGGCUGCCCGUCAAAGAUGGAAAGCUGCUGUUUGUGCACUCGGCUGAAGGCAGUGAGUUCUGGAGCGCCCUGCUGGAAAAGGCCUACGCCAAGAUGAAUGGAUCCUACGAGGCGCUGGUCGGGGGCAGCACCGCGGAAGGUUUUGAGGACUUCACGGGUGGCGUGAUGGAGAUGUACGAGCUGAAGAAAGCUCCCAGAGAUCUGUACCGCACCAUGACCAAAGCUCUGGAGAGAGGCUCGCUGCUGGGCUGCUCCAUUGAUAUCACCAACACCUCCGACAUGGAGGCUGUCACCUUCAAGAAGCUGGUCAAAGGCCACGCCUACUCUGUGACCAACCUCAGGCAGGUGGAGUUCCGCGGCCGGCAGGAGCGCCUGAUUAGAAUCAGGAACCCAUGGGGUGAGGUGGAGUGGAGCGGCGCCUGGAGCGACAGCUCGAUGGAGUGGAACCACGUGGACUCUGAAGAGAAAGACGAGCUGCUGAAUAAGAUGGAGGAUGGAGAGUUCUGGAUGUCUUUCCAGGAGUUUCUGCUCCAGUUCUCCCGGUUGGAGAUCUGCAACCUGACCCCCGACGCUCUGAGUCAGGACUCCACCCACUUCUGGAGCACCGUCACGUUUGAGAGCAGCUGGAGGCGAGGAAGCACUGCCGGCGGCUGCAGGAACCACCCCAACACGUUUUGGAUCAACCCUCAGUUUAGGAUUACGCUGCUGGAGGAGGACGACGACCCUGAAGACGGCGAGGCCGCCUGCAGCUUACUGGUGGCUCUGAUGCAGAAAGACCGCCGCCGCUACCGCUGCCACGGCCAGGACAUGCACACCAUUGGCUUCGCCGUCUAUGAGAUCCCUGAGGAGUUUCGAGGCAGUGCUGGGGUCCACAUGAAGAAGGACUUCUUCCUGCGCCACGCCUCUUGUGCUCGUUCUGACUCCUUCAUAAACCUGCGAGAGGUGAGUGCCAGGCUCCGCCUCCCGCCUGGUGACUACGUGAUUGUCCCGUCCACCUUUGAACCCUCCAAAGAGGCUGACUUCGUUCUGCGGGUGUUCACGGAGAAACAGUCAAAGGCCGAGGACAUGGACGACAGCGUGGUGGCGCUCAUGGAAGACCAGGAAGAAAUCUCUGAGAGUGACAUCGACGACUCCUUCAGGUCCAUGUUCGCUCAGCUCUCCGGAGACGACAUGGAGAUCUCUGUGCAGGAACUCAGAACCAUUCUCAACAACGUGGUGUCCAAGCACAAAGACCUGCAGACCGACGGCUUCAGCCUGGAGUCCUGCAGAGCUAUGGUCAGCCUCAUGGAUAAAGACGGGAGCGCUCGGCUCGGCCUGCUGGAGUUUCAGAUCCUCUGGAACAACAUCAGAAAGUGGCUGGGAAUCUUCAGGGAGUUUGACCUGGAUAAGUCUGGCUGCAUGAGCUCCUAUGAAAUGCGACUGGCGCUGGAAAACGGCGGGUUUAAGCUAAAUAACAAGUUGUACCAGAUGCUGGUCGCUCGAUACGCUGACAAUGAAACCAUCGACUUCGACAACUUCACCUGCUGCCUGGUCAAACUGGUGGCUAUGUUCAAGACCUUCCAGGGACUGGACCGAGACGGGACAGGAACCGUGGAGCUGAACAUGCUGGAGUGGCUCGUUGUGACCAUGUGUGGCUGAAACUCCAGAGCCCCCCCAUCAGGAGGAGGAGCUUCACCAUCAGAAGGAGGAGCGCCCCCAUCAGGAGGAGGAGACCCGCCGGCUGCGCUUUCAGCAUGACAAUCUGUAACGCCCCCUCCCCCACACUGCAUGUCUUCCAUCAGCCUCAGACUCACCUGUGCAGGUGAGCUGUGAAAAAGCCUUUAGUAGAACCUCAGGGAGUUCUGGUUCUGGGCUUGUUCUGUUCAGAUGCUGAUUCUACUGGACCCCCUUCCCCCUCUCUACAUUCAGACCUUCUAAGCAGCAGUUACUCUGCAGACAGAACCACAGCACCCCCUGCAGGAGAGGGAUGAAUCUGCAGGGAAGUUUAUUCAAACAAACUUUAUUGAUGUUUGUAAUCCAACAGAGAAACAAUAAAUCUGCUGAAAUAAACGAUACAUCCGGAGUUUCAGCUAAAGGAUUAACUUAACUUUGAUCUUCAUCCAUGUAAACUUUAGCUGCUUCAGUUUUCUGAACAAUCCUGAAGAGAACGAUCAUUUUAUUGAUCAUCAGAACCGCCGUCUGUGCUCCACCCUCAACAAACGUUCUCCAGCCAAACAGGUUCUUUCACCUGCAACAGCGUUUUCCUACAGGUGUAAUGAGGCGACAGUCAAACAGACGUCCCUCCUGCAGGCUGAAUCAGACGGUCAGCAGAGUCCAGAGACCGGUUCAGGAGGUUCUGAAGACUCUUCAGACAGAUGAGGGUUUCUGAGGUCACUGCUGAGUUUAAAGGAACUGAGACGGUCCCAGACCAGAACAGAACCAGUGCCUCCGGUUCCUCCGACACAGAGUCCAAUUUGGUUCUUAAGAGUCAAAGUGGAUCCUGAUGAGACAUCAGAGUUCUUCAGAACUUCCCUUCAGGUUCUAGCCCCCCCCCCAGAAAAGACACGAAAAACUCAAAUUUGUCAAAAAAGAAAUUGUAUUGUUUUCCUCCUGCAGAAUUCUGAUAAAUAAACAAACAGAUCUUCAUGGGAUGCGGGGGACUGUCAGGUGAUCCCCGGGUCACGUGACAAGACAUGAAGGGGCGUGUCCAAUGAGUAAGGAUCUAAACAGACCCGCCCCCCGCUCUGGCUUUGAACUUAAUAAAGAGCAAAUAAAGAAACUCGUGCUGUCCUGAGUCUCUCUGCGCAUGCUCAAUGUCCACGCGGUCAAUGACAGUCUCUGGACCGGUGUGGUCCGGAUGUCCUGGUUCUGCUCCCGGUUCUAGUCCCGGCCGUGCGGCUCCCGUCCGUCCAGUGGGCCCAGCAGAACCGCCUGCGCCUCCAGCAGCGUGGUGUCGGUUCUGGCUCCCAGGAAGCGCGCGGUGAGCUCCGGGUCGAGCAUGCGCAGUCGGACCCUGGAGCCCCGCUGCAGCUCCUGCCCCCCCUCGGCGGGCCGCCGGCACACGCAGGGGAACUUCCCCCCGAAGUCCACGUACAGGUCGUCCUGGACCACGUGGUACACCCUCCCCACCACCACGCGGUCCCGGGGGGGCCCCAUCUGGAACAGCGGCGAGCGGCGCAGCAGCGCGGUGAAGCUCCGCUCCGUCCCGGGAGGGGCGCCGGCCGGCCCGGAGCUCUCCGCCUCCCGCCGCAGCUCCGUCUGCAGCUCGAAGGCGGCGGCGAACCCGGAGCGGGGGCUGUCGGCGGGGGGGUUACCGGAGCAGAAAGACGCCCGGACGGAGAACGAAGGACGGCUUCGGACUCCGAACUGGAGCCUGGUCGCGACCCUGCCGAGCAUCGCCAUGUUGUCCCUGCAAACCGGAAGUGACGGUCCCGCUGCUUCCGGUGCGCGAGGACCACAGCGCCAUCUAGAGGCGGCGCCGCUCCGGGACAUGACGGACCGUGAGGCUGCAGAACCGGAGUCGAACCCCGGGAGAACGGACCCCCACCGGGAGACAGCGGCGGAUCUCAAACAUAUAAAAAUGUUUUAAUUUAUGAAAUAAAAGAUAGUAAAUAAAUAUAUGGAGGCUGUUUGUAAGGUUGAUCAACAUCAUAAUCACAACGCAGAAUAAAAUCUAUUCCUCCGAUUUGUUGAGAAACAACUAAACCAAAGAGAGUUUAUGUUGGAGAUAAAUUAAUUGUUUAGAAUUGCUUUACAUUUAUUUACAUUUUUACCAGCAUUUUCUCUCACUGGAGUUUCUCUGUUGUUGGAAAUAACCAAACUCAACUAUCUGACGUGUUUUCACUGCAAUGUUACAGAUUGUUCUAUGGUGACGGAGAGCGUACAAUUCACAUUUAUCAAUAUUCAAUUUCAAAGCAGAAGAUCACAUCUAAAACUUUAGGGAGUUUUUUUUAAUAAAAUAGUUUCAUCAACAAAUUGACUUAUUACUAAAUGUCUUUCUAAAGUAUUUAAUCCUAUAGUGUUGCUUUUAAUAGUGAUUCUAACAGCUCAGCAGCCAGAAUGGAUAGUAAAGGAGAGCUGGUACUGCCCAGUCUGACGCAUCUGGACCAGAACCUUCUCUGGGUUCACCCAUUUAUUUAUAACUUUAUUAACAAACACACAAGAUAGUACAACAACAAAGUGAAUGUCUCAGGGGAAAUUAAAAUGAGUACAUAUUAUAGAAAAGCAAGCAAGCAAAAAUCAUAAACAUAUACUGUAUGAC